GUUCCUAUGCACAUAUUUUUCAACACCUGACUCAACGUCACUCAUUUGUAAAACACACUUCAAAAGCUAUCGCAAGAGUCUCGCAUGUGGUGACACGUGAACCAAUUUCUGGAGAGAUUGAAAAUUCAUUUGAGAAGAAUGUCAAAACGUGCCCAACCAACCUGGAAUCCACCAGUGAGAAAGGGUGGUGCUACAUUGAAACUUUACAACAGUUUGACACGUCAGAAAGAGGAUUUCAUACCCCAACAUGGCAAUCGAGUAUUGUGGUACAGCUGCGGACCAACUGUCUAUGAUGCAUCUCACAUGGGUCAUGCUAGAUCCUAUAUAUCCUUCGACAUAUUACGACGAGUAUUAUCGGAUUAUUUUGGCUACGAUGUUCUCUAUGUGAUGAAUAUCACUGAUAUUGAUGAUAAAAUCAUCAAACGUGCUAGACAGAAUCAUCUCUAUGAAAAUUACAUAGAAGAGGGUAAAUCAUUGGAUGCAGUAUUGGAAGACGUGAAAAACGUUAUGUCAGCGUUUGAAGAAACAGUGACAACUACAGCUGAUACUGAUAAGAGAGUCAUGUUGGAGAAAAUGUUGGGAAAGGUCAAAUUAGCUGUUGAAAAUCUUGAAAAAGCAGUGAAAAGUGGAAAUGAUGAAGCGAUUAGAGAGCAUCAAAAGAUUUUACUGAUUGAAGCAAAAGAUCCACUUUCAGAGUGGUUGGAUAAAAAAUCAGGAGACUCUGUCACAGAUAAUGCAAUAUUUAAUAAAUUAUCACAGCACUGGGAGACUGAGUAUCACAAAGAUAUGGAUGCUCUGAACAUCUUGAGGCCAAAUGUGUUGACAAGGGUCAGUGAAUACGUUCCAGAAAUAAUAGCAUAUAUUGAGAAAAUUUUUGAGCGUGGAUUGGCGUACGAGAGUAAUGGAUCAGUAUACUUUGAUGUUGGAGGAUUUGAUAAGAGGGAAAAUCAUCAUUACGCUAAGCUGGUGCCUGAAGCGUAUGGUGAUGCUUCGAGUCUUGAGGAAGGCGAAGGUGAUUUGUGUAUAUCCGAUGAAAGACUAUCUGAAAAACGUUCUCCAACGGAUUUUGCUCUGUGGAAAUGCUCCAAAGCUGGAGAACCAUGGUGGGAGAGUCCCUGGGGCAAGGGUAGACCAGGCUGGCAUAUCGAAUGUUCUGUCAUGGCCUCGGUCAUUUGCGGAGAGAGUCUGGAUAUGCAUACUGGUGGUGUUGAUCUCAAGUUUCCACAUCAUGAUAAUGAAUUGGCCCAGGCUGAAGCUUACUUUGAUAAUUCCCACUGGGUCAGAUAUUUUCUCCAUUCCGGACAUUUAACCAUAUCCGGCUGCAAAAUGUCCAAGUCGUUGAAGAAUUUUAUAACCAUUGAGGAGGCACUCAAGAAACACACUUCUAGACAACUGAGACUGGCAUUUUUGUUGCAUUCUUGGAAGGAUACUCUCGAUUACAGUGAUAAUACAAUGGAUAUGGCGGUGCAGUACGAAAAGUUUUUGAAUGAAUUUUUUCUCAAUGUCAAGUGCAAAAUCAGAUCUCUCGGGACAGGCACAACUCUCAAGACCUUUAGCAAGUGGCAUGAGGCGGAACUUGAUUUAAAUAAAAAGUUAUCAGCUGCAAAGGAUGCUAUCCACAUAGCACUGUGCGAUAACAUCGAUACGAGAACAGUUCUUGAUGUAAUCCGAGAUCUCGUUGGCCACUGCAACAUUUACACCAAGAGUGUAACACCCAGCCCUCCUAAUACACUUCUCCUUCGCGAUAUCGCUGUCUACAUCACCAAGAUUUUUAUAACCUUCGGAGCAAUCACCGACUCCAAUGAAGGCAUUGGUUUUCCUAUUGACAGUAAUGAAUGUACAAAAAAUAAUAAUAUUGAAGAAACAGUGCUGCCUUAUUUAGAUAUUAUUGGUCAAUUUCGUGAAAAAAUACGUAAUCACGCAAAAACAAUAAAAGCUACGGAAAUUCUCCAAGAGUGUGACAGACUGCGAGAUGAAGUAUUACCGAAUGUGGGUGUGCGGCUGGAGGAUGAUGACAGUGGCUCUUGUCAAAUAAAAUUAGUCAAUCGAGAUGAAUUGUUGAAGGAACGAGAAGCCAAGAAGCGAUUCGAGCUGGAGAAAGCAGCGGAAAAGUUGAGGAAACAGGCCGAGGUGGUUGCUGCCAAUGCAGCUAAAGAGACGCAAAGGAAAAUUUCACCUACAGAAAUGUUCAAAUCACAUACGGAUAAAUAUUCAAAGUUUGAUGAUAAUGGCUUGCCGACUCAUGACACUGAAGGAAAGGAGAUUAGCAAGGGACAGUUGAAGAAAUUGCAAAAACUACAGCAGGCACAAAUGAAAAAGUACAGCGAGUAUUUGGCUAGUAUUCAAAAUGGUGUUUCAUCAGUUUGACUUUGUUUAAUCAGUUAGUAAAAUGCAUAAAUCACCCCGCUAUAUUUAGAUGAUGAUGAUAAAAAAAUGACUUUUCUAUGAAUUUGCAACGACUUAUACAUAUUACGCCCAACUUUAUUUAUUACACUCAUAUCAGUCAAAUGAAA